AUGGAGGGAGAACGAUUGCCGCUGCUGCCACGCAUGUCGACGGUGGAGGAGGCACGACAGCGCAAUCGUGGCAAGCGCGUGAAGCUUCAUUCCAAGCGACUACGGCAGCUCUGGCCACAUAUUGCGGUAUUCUUCACGCCUCGGGAUAUCAUCGGUCUAGGCUCCACUUGUCGCCGGUUGCAGCGACUGCUGGACAAUGACCGCGUCUGGCAGACGCAGUAUGUUCGGGUGCUAAACCAGCAUGUGACAAGACUCCUGCUGCCACAUCUAGAGACGCGCUUUGACAAUGAUCUUCGUACUAAGGAGAAGCUUCGACGGGUGAUUCAUGCUCGACAUGUGCACGACCCGACUAACGCUUUGCAGUUGCGGCUACGCGAGGCUGAACGAGAAGUGUUCCGAUUGGAGCUGCGGCAGCACAAAGUGCGAAGUGUAGUAUGGAUGAACGUCCCGCUGGUACUGGCGCUAUGUUGCUUGAGUGUGUGGAGCUACACCACUGCAUCUGUAGAGGAUGAUUACUUGACAGACACACCGUCAGCACUUCGCGGUGCUGGAGACGGCACCUCUCGGCCUGCUCCUGGUAAUCCUGUGAAGACGUUUAUACUCGUGACGGACCUGUUGCUGCUGGUUGCCGUUAUGAUCUUGGGUGUCGGGGACUUGACCGGCAAGGCGCUGUACACUUUUGUGGCAUGGUCCUCGUCUCUCCAAGUCGCCCACUCAUUUUUGGUGCUGGCGAUCCUCAUUUUCAACAUUGUGCUCGUUAUUAAGGAGAAAAAGGAUUACGUCCGCGAGAUGAAAGCGUUCGUGCCAUCCUAUUAA